AGCAACAAGCCAGCGGAGUGUAGGAGGAAGAGACUGGAGAAUCAUAGAGGAGUGGAACACUGACACAAAUGUGUGUGAAGGAGCAAGAAUAAGAAUUACUCGUGUAUUUGAAUGAAUUAUAGUUUGUCAGUAAUUGAAAUGAGAAGAUGGUAUUGAGGAGCUUACCGGACUAUGAAAACUUAUUUAACUUGGGGUAUAAUAGAGAACACAAUCAACUUAAAAAUUUUUUUAAGUGAAUUUAUUGGAUUACUGUGGAAGCUGCUUUUUAUGGACUUUUUGCUUUGGAAUCAGAAUAUGGGGCUCUCUUUUUAAUCCCGCUCUAUCGGAAGUCAGAAAUUUGCACAAAGUUGUUCGUGUGCAUAUUUGGUUUAACUGAUCUGUGCACCUUCAAUGUGAUGCAGUAUUUCAAGCCUAAAUAAAUGUGAUUGAGCUCUACAGCACAGAAGAAGGGAGGAAAAGCAAUGUUCUCCCGCAACCGCUGCAGUGGUCAGGAUGGAACGGGUGUCCCUCAGUAUCCCCGACCCAAAAAGAAACCUGCAGUGCCAAAGAGGAGGCAGCCUAAUCCCAAAGUUGCUCUGGUGCUGCGUGGGAAAAUUCAUCGUUUUUUGCAGGGAUCUGCAGAUCAUACUGUCCAGCCUUCUGAUCUUUACUAUGCUGGAAUUGAAGAAGAGGAUGAAGAGGGGGAAGAGGAUGUUGAAAAAUUGCAGAAUUACUACAGGAGAGGAUUAGAUUCCUCAGAGGUCUGCUGCUCACCUCAGGUGCCAAAUGGACAUGGCCUAGGAACAGUUUCUGGGGCACCUUGUGUUGGGGAAGUGGAACUAAAUCGAGAAGGAGGCAUCAGGAUUCCUUGCACUUUGCAGCAGAACAGUAAUUCGACAGUAGUUCAAAACCAAAUGACCCAAGGUCUAAAUGGGACUGGGUUUUCAUCUGAAAGAGGACUUGAUUGUGACCCUAAAAGACAGACAGAUACUCUGCUGUGCAGGCUGAAUAUGACGAUGCUGGAUGAAGUCAUGGAGGAGAAUAAUCAGGACUGUCAAGAGGAAGAAUCGAGUGAUGUCGUUGAGCACAUACUGAAGGAAUUGCGAGGGAUCAACAAAAUUCAAGAGGAGAUUUCAGACUUGAGGGAGUACCUGUCAUCUGUUUGUGGUUCUGUCGAGGAGGUCUCUAGUUGUGUGGAUGCCGUCUUAAUGGAGAUUGAAUGCAUGCGGUCUAGAAACAAAUCUGGUGUAGAGACUUGGCCAGGAGCAAUGGGUGGCACUGAGAGUCACUCCCACCAAUCACACAAAUCAAAUAAUACUGUUAGUAUAGGUUGCUACAAGCCUUACACUGUUGAAUCCUCAAGUAGCUGCGGUGAUAUACUCUCAGAAUAUCAAGUUAAUGGGAAGCACAAAGAGGGACCAAGGCAGUCUACUUUCACUAGUGUUGAGACUUCAAACCACGAUGAACACCAUCCUUUUACACAAGAAGCAUCUAAUCAAAGGUCUGAUGGCUCUCAAGGUGCAGGGAGAAGGAAACUAAGCUUUGGUUAUCUUGAGCGCCAGGAUGGACAGGACUGUCCAAGCAUCAGUUCCCUAUCUUCGGGUCAGAGUUCCAAGUCUGAAUCUGAUCCAGAAAGACCCACCUCUGGACAUGACAAAGCAGGGAGUAAAAGUAAGACCUGGAACCCAGUGGCAUUUAAACACAGUGGGAGUGGAGAGAUUGGUUGGAGCGAAGAUGAUUCUUGCUCCAGACAAGCCAGUUUUGAAGAGGCAAUGAGCAGCUGGGACCCAUCAAGAGCCGCAAGUACUCGUAUGAUGAGCACCUCAGAUCAAAUAUCCAUAGUAUCUAGUAAACACUACAACUUUCCAGUUAGUACAAGCAAUAGAGAAGAUUGGAAGCUGUAUGAUGCAGAAAUGCUUCCUGAAGAACCUGUUUUGGGCUGCCAUAAUUGCAAUGCAGAUGGUAAAUGUCCUCAGAGUUCUGUUUAUCAGAAUGACAUUUAUCACAUGUCGUCGUCUUGUGAAAAUUGCGUAGUUCCAUUUGAAAGUCAGUCAAUAGAAAGUGUAGUUAUUGAGCCAUCCGGGAAUCUUCUAUGUGAAGGUACAUCACUCUGUAAUCAAAAUGUCCCUGAUUGGAAGCCAGACUCGGUUGAUGACAGCAAUAUGGCGUUUAAUGUAAAAAAGUUUGGUAGAGCAGUUCUCGACUUUAAAACUGCUUUGCGGGGAGCCCUGAAGAAGAUGGAUGGAACUAGUGAUACUUUGCUUGGGGAAAAGGUUGAAGUCCAUACAAUGAUUUCCCUGUGUGGGGAACAACAAGGAAUGGUAAAUCUUGUAAAUUCUGAGAUACCAAAUUUAGAGAUGCCUCACAUGGAGACUACACAAAAAGAAAUAAAUUAUUCUGAGUGGCCUCAAGCCAUCAGUACUGAGAAAGGUUUCAUACAGAUACCCCAAAGCCUAUCCACCAAAGCAAAUCCUGAAUCACCUCCUCACCAGCAUAAUAUUGAAGAUUCAGAACAUCCAAAAUCUCCAGGGUUGGAUUCGUCCACAAGUAAUGCAUCAGAUGCUACACCUGGACAUCCAACCAAUGCUCAUUUACCACAGUGUUUCUCUUCAGACAUUAUCCCAGACUCUUUUUCCCCCGAGGAACUUGCAGUUGAAGAGGAGCGGAUAACACUAGUAGGGGGAAUGCAGUCUCCUACUAAGUCCUCUACAGAAGGAGGUAGUGAAGCAGAGCUUAGUCAGCGGGAAGCACGUCGUCUGAAGUGCCUCAGGAGUUUCCAGCAGAUUCUAAGGGAGAAGAGAGAGUCCAAAAGACAACUCAGUAUAGUGACCAUGUCAUCAUUUUCUGAAGAUGAUUUGAACCCAGAUGGAAGCCAGGAUGAAGACCAGAAUAUCAAUGGAGACCAUAACAAACAUCCAUGGGCCAAACCUGGGGGAGAAGGAAUAUUUGGCAUUGAUAGCAUGCCUGACCUUAGGAAAAAGAAGCCUAUCCCCUUGGUUAGCGAAGUGUCUCUUGUGCAGUCCAGGAAAGCAGGGAUCUCGCAUGCAUUAGCUGCACGCUCUUCACUGAAGGAUGAAGAACUGAAGAAACACGUGUACAAGAAGACACUCCAGGCUUUGAUUUACCCUAUUUCUUGCACAACACCCCAUAACUUUGAAGUGUGGACGGCCACUACACCCACCUACUGCUAUGAGUGUGAGGGCUUGUUGUGGGGCAUUGCGCGGCAGGGCAUGCGCUGUUCAGAGUGUGGGGUCAAAUGCCACGAAAAAUGCCAGGAGCUUCUCAACGCAGACUGUUUACAGCGAGCUGCUGAGAAGAGCUCAAAAACAGGAGCAGAGGACAGAACCCAUCAUAUCAUAUCGGCCAUGAAGGACCGCAUGAAGAUCCGGGAGAGGAACAGGCCUGAAAUCUUUGAGAUGAUAAGGCUUGUGUUCAGUAUGACUAAACUGAGCCAUGCUCAGCAGAUGAAGGCCAUCAAGCAGACUGUUCUUGACGGAACAUCAAAAUGGUCUGCCAAAAUCUCCAUCACAGUGGUGAGCGCUCAGGGCCUCCAGGCUAAAGACAGAACUGGUUCCAGUGAUCCGUAUGUGACCGUUCAGGUUGGCAAGACUAAGAAGAGAACCAAAACUAUCUACGGUAACCUUAACCCUGUGUGGGAGGAGACGUUCAACUUUGAGUGCCACAAUUCAUCUGACCGCAUUAAACUGCGUGUAUGGGAUGAAGAUGACGAUAUAAAGUCUCGUGUAAAGCAGCGUCUGAAGAGAGAAUCUGAUGACUUUUUGGGCCAGAGCAUUAUCGAGGUCCGAACCCUCAGCGGAGAAAUGGAUGUCUGGUACAACCUCGAAAAACGCACAGACAAGUCAGCGGUAUCAGGGGCCAUCAGAUUGCAGAUAAGUGUGGAAAUUAAGGGGGAAGAGAAAGUGGCCCCUUAUCAUGUUCAGUACACCUGUUUACACGAGAAUUUGUUUCACUUUGUGACAGACAUUGAAGGACAAGGUGUGGUGAAGCUACCCACAGCACGAGGAGAUGAUGCCUGGAAGGUCUACUUUGAUGAGGUCGCUCAGGGUAUUGUAGACGAGUUUGCCAUGCGCUAUGGAAUAGAAUCCAUCUAUCAGGCCAUGACGCAUUUUGCAUGUCUGUCCUAUAAAUACAUGCUGCCUGGUGUCCCUGCGGUAAUGAGCACACUCCUGGCCAACAUCAACGCAUUCUACGCUCAUCCCACCUCAGUGACCUAUGUCUCUGCCUGUGACCGCUUCACUGCCUCCAACUUUGGGAAAGAUCGGUUUGUUAGACUGCUGGAUCAGCUCCAUAACUCUCUCCGUAUUGACCUGUCAACAUACAGAAAUAAUUUUCCAGCCAGUAGUAAACCACGUCUAGCAGAUCUCAAAUCCACAGUGGAUUUGCUGACUAGCAUUACAUUCUUUAGACUGAAGGUUCUAGAACUGCAGUCUCCCCCUCGUGCCGCCCAUGUGGUUAGGGACUGUGUGAAAGCAUGCCUCAACUCCACAUAUGAAUACAUCUUUAACAACUGCCAAGAGCUGUACAACAGACAGUUCCAGCCAGCUGUGGAGCCUAAACCACAAGAGAAGAAAGUAGGAGAAGAGAGUGAAGAAGAGGAAGACAAGAAGGAUGAGAAAGAGGAGCAAAAUGCUGCUUUAGAGGAACCAGGACCAAGCAUACAGAAUUUGGACUUCUGGCCCAAACUCAUCACCUUAAUAGUUUCCAUCAUUGAGGAGGACACGAACUCCUACAGCUCAAUCAUCAAUCAGUUUCCUCAGGAGUUGAAUGUGGGGAAGGUCAGUGCCGAGGUCAUGUGGACACUCUUUGCUCAGGACAUGAAGUAUGCACUAGAAGAGCACGAGAAGCUGAGGUUUUGUAAAAGUGCGGACUACAUGAAUCUGCAUUUCAAAGUCAAAUGGCUCUUCAACGAAUACGUCUGUGACCUGCCCGCCUUCUCCGACACCAUCCCAGAGUACCCAUCGUGGUUUCUGCCAUUUGUUCUCCAGUGGCUGGCUGAGAAUGAAGAAGUGUCGAUGGAGUUUAUGCAUGGAGCCCUCGAGAGGGAUAAAAGAGAGGGGUUCCAGCAGACAUCUGAGCAUGCCCUGUUUUCCUGUUCAGUCGUGGACAUCUUCACUCAGCUCAACCAAAGCUUUGAGAUCAUCAAGAAAUUAGACUGUCCUGAUCCUGCAGUGGUUGCCCAGUACAACCGACGAUUUGCCAAGACUAUCACCAAAGUGCUCCUGCAGUAUUGUGCUAUUCUAGCCAAGAGUUUCUCCUCUUACUGCGAGAAAGAAAAGACGCCCUGUGUGUUGAUGAACAACGUUCAACAAAUGCGUGUGUUGUUGGAGAAGAUGUUUGAAUCUAUGGGGGCCAAACAGCUUGACUCAGAGGCUGCAGAUAUCCUCAAUGACCUGCAAGGGAAGCUUAAUUCUGUUCUGGAUAACCUGAGUGGCAUGUUUGCCAAGAGUUUCCAGGCCCGUAUGAAUGCAUGUGUGUGUCAGAUGGCGGAGAUCCUGUAUCAGAUUAAAGGACCUCUGAAUCAGAACAGUCGUAACACACCGGAGGCUGAUGCAGACAACGCACUGCAGCCACUUAUGGAGUUCCUCGACACAAACCUCAGCAUCUUUGCAGACAUAUGUGACAAGACUGUGUUGAAGCGUGUGCUAAAGGAUCUCUGGAGGAAUGUUCUGAUCUGCAUGGAGAAAACGAUUGUGUUACCUCAGAGCAGUGACAGUAUAGGAGCUCCACUUCUUACUGCUGCUAAGGAACUGUCUAAACUAAAGGGAGGGGUGGAGCCAAAAAGCUUGUCACCAAGGCAAUGUGUGAUCGUGGAGGCAGCACUGGAUUCAAUCAAGCUCUUCUUCCAUGCUGGUGGGAACGGUUUAAAAAAAGCAUACCUGGAGAAGAGCCCUGAGCUGUCAUCGCUGCGCUAUGCUCUCUCACUAUAUACACAGACCACAGAUGCUCUUAUCAAGGUGUUUGUGACAACACAACAUGCUCAGGUUCAAAAUGGCAUGGGCAUCAGGUUCACCCCCAAGGAGAACGUUCGACCUGACAGAGGCUCUGGGGUUGAGCGGCUGAUUGGGGAGGCAGUGAUUCAGCUGGAUUUGUCGCCCCCCGCUGGGAACACUGAGCAGAAACUCUGUGUCAGGGUGAUUGCAGUAAAUGACAUGACAUGGCAGACCUCAGGGAUGUUUCGUCCAUUUGUGGAGGUUAACCUGGUCGGCCCACAGCUCACAGAGAAGAAACGAAAAUUCACAACCAAAUCGAAAAACAACAGCUGGAAUGCAAAGUACAACGAGGCCUUUCAAUUUGUGUUGGGUAAAGGCAUGAGUCUGGACUGCUAUGAGAUUCAAAUGACGGUAAAGGAUUAUUGUUUCGGUCGUGCGGACCGGGUGGUCGGGAUCGCAGUACUGCAGCUACGUGACAUAGCAGACCGGAAAAGCUGCGUGUGCUGGUGCCCCUUGGGCCCGCGUAUCAACAUCAACGAAACCGGGACCACUGCACUACGAAUCCUCUCUCAACGCUCAACUGAUGAGGUUGCCAAAGAGUUCGUCAAACUCAAAUCUGAGACCAGGCCUGCUGAAGAAGGGAGGUGAAGAUGAAGCUCAAGGUCGACAUCUUCAAUUUAUCCUUAGGAUUAAAGUGGACUGGUUUAAACAGAAGAAACUGAUACUAUAAGACAAAUGAAAAGACUGACAGACAAACAAGCAUUCACAAACCAAGGACCUACACUGUUUAUACAAUUGUGUAUGUUUAUUCAUAGCCUUAAGAGUAACUUCACUGUUUGGCUUCGCUUCACUCUUCAUGAUGGACAACUGCUCACUAAAUGAGUGCUAGCAUAGUGUUCCCACGGUCAUGAAAAAUCUGGAAAUGUCAAGGAAAAGUUAUGGAAAUUAAUAUAAUCUAAAAAAGUAAUUACUAAAAUAUUGAAUUGGCAAGUAAUCUCUGCAUUUGUUUUACGAAAAUGAUCUAGUUAACCAAACAACUUGAAGAUUCAUCGAAAUUAAAAAAAGAAAAUUAAGUCA